AUGGCACCUUACGAGGCUUUAUAUGGUCGUAAGUUUCGUACUCCACUAUGUUGGAAUGAGUUGGGUGAGCAUCGGGUUUUAGGUCUUAAGUUGGUUUCUGAGACCAAAGAUAAGGUUAGACUAAUUCGGGAUCGUCUGAAGGCGGCUUCUACUAGACAGAAGUCUUAUCCAAAUCUUAAGAGAAGAGUUAUUGAGUACUCUGUGCGUGACUUCGUUUUUCUUAAGAUUUCUUCGUGGAAAAAAGUUCUGAGAUUCGGUCAUAAGGGCAAGUUGAGCCCUAGGUUCAUUGUGUCGUAUCGAAUUCUAAAGCGUAUGAGAUCGGUCGCUUAUCAAUUAGAGCUACCUCCAGAGUUAGACCGUAUCAACGAUGUGUUUCACGUCUCGAUGUUGAGGCAGUAUCGAUCUAAUCCCUCUCAUGUUGUCUCUGUUAAAGAGAUCGAGGUUAAACCAGACUUGACUUUUGAGGAGGAGUCGGUUCAGAUUUUGGAUCGAGAUGUUCAGAUUCUAGGGAGGAAGUCUAUUCCGUUAGUAAAGGUUUUGUGGAGGAAUCAUGUCACUGAAGAAGCCACGUGGGAACCUAAGGACUCGAUAUAUUAG